AUGCCGAGCAAACAAAUAGAUGAAUUCAAUGAGAAGUUGGUGGCUAUAGACACCGGUAAGGAUUUCUUCAUAUUUGAGGUAAAGUGGGUCUUAGAAUCGUUCUACCUGAAUUUUACAAAGUAUCUUUUCCUGCUCCAGAUUGAUUGUAAAAAGCUUGGCGAUGGAUUGAUUUAUGAAGAUGUGGAUGGUUCCAACGUGUUUCCACAUUUCUAUGGCCCAUCUCGAAGUUUUGUUCCUCUCACUCUUGACAUGGUUGUGAAAUCCGAGGGACUAAUUUUGUCAAAUGGCAAAUUUGUUUGUAGCAUGUUGAAUUAG